AUGGAGAUUCUGGUGUCGAUCUUGGUGUCUUUGUUCGGUGUGGCGCUCGCAACGUCGGAUGCUAUGGUCCGCUACGACAUCAUUUUCUACCCAGACUACAGAAUUCCAUAUAAUAAAACAUACGAGACUUUCAUCGCUUCCAUUUUAAGUGAGUGCCGGCGCAGGUGUGUGGAUGACCCCGAGUGCACGGGCUGGACGGAGUUGCCCUUAAACAAGGGUAAACUCAUGAACUGUACCCUCACGCGCUACCCGCAACCCGGGACAAUUCUGCAAUGGGCCGGCGACGGACCUGAAACUUACUUCAAAGAGAGGAAGCCGAAAAAAUACUUCUAUAGCACUCAUGCCGGCUACGGAAGCCACGAAAACUUCGCGACUCUGUGCGCUCAAGACAGCAGGCUGCCCGGGCUGGUGCACACUCUGCAGGACUACGAGUACAUCAAAGACAACCUCAUGACGCAGGGCACGGCUGACGCGGCAAACCCCGGUCUUUUCCUCCCUCUCAUAAGUUUUUUCGACACGAACAAAACGCGGAAAUCCAACGCCUGGACUGGAACUGGGCUACACGUUCUGGAAAACCAUGUGCUUCACCGUUACUUCGUUGAAUCCUUCCACGACACGUGCAACAUCAUCACCCCGACGAGCGGCCUCACCCUCCAGGAGUAUCCGUGUAACACAACGGAGCUUCAUGUUCUUUGCUACCAAUACUAGAGAAGCAUACAGGUUCAACAAGUCAACAUGUAUGGCACACAACGGAACUUCAUGUUCUUUGCUACCACAACUAGAGAAGCAAAGAUUGUCAACAAGUCAACAUGUGUUGCACACAACGGAACUUCAUGUUCUUUGCUACCACAACUAGAGAAGCAAAGAUUGUCAACAAGUCAACAUGUGUGGCACACAUCGGAGAUUCAUGUUCUUUGCUACCAAUACUAGAGAAGUAAAAGAGGUUCAACAAGUCAACAUGUGUGGCACACAACGGAGCUUCAUGUUCUUUGCUACCAAUACUAGAGAAGCAAAAGAGGUUCAACAAGUCAACAUGUGUGGGACACAACGAAGCUUCAUGUUCUUUGUUACAAAUACUAGAGAAGCAA